CACAGAAGAUUCUCAAUAAAUGUAAUUAUAUUAAUUUAUAACUUUUCCUUAAUGCUCUCGAUUUUAAUUCCAUCUGUAGCCUUUGCGCUUAUAUUUCUUCAACAGAGUUGUGAAAUCGUCCCUCUCAAACCUUUCCUGCUUUCAUAAUUCCAUUCCCUUAAUUAGCCCCCCUCCUCUGCAUUUUACAAUGACGAGAGAAUUUAUAUAGCAUUAAAUUGCUCGAAUCUAUGCUGUAUUCCUUUUGCAGAGACAGAACAAUAUAAGUAGGUGUAUGCGACCCUAUGGUCCAAGAUGUACUUGGAUUGUCUCUCUUUCUCCUUGCAGGUUUCUUCACGGCAUAGAGCCUCUGUUUGCUGUCAUAUUCGAUUGUAUGGCUGGAUUUGGGUGGAGCUUGAGGCAUGGACAUGGGUCUAAAAGGCCAUUAACUCCUUCCCAGAUCGCUUGUCGAAUAUGUGAUCAUGUGUUUUCGAGCACACAAGCUCUCAUAUCCCAUAUCGAAUCUCACACGGUCGAGGAACGAACUGCCUUGAGAAGACAGAAUGGCCUAAGCCUCUUUUCCUCCUCCCAUGCAGAACCUUUUGCCAGCCCAUUCAGUUUUAGCCUUUCGACUCCUACUCGUCGGCCACAAACUGGGCCACUCGGCCGAAAUCGCUAUAAUUUUCCUUCCUCGGCAGAGAGAAAACAUGUCUUCAGUGACAGGAGGACCCCACAAAAUCUUGUUUCAGGCGCCAAACCAUUUACUCCACGAGCACAACUUUCACGGGUGCCGAGGAACAACAAGUACGCAAGUGUUGGGUCUCAACAUAUACCUUUAACCUUUCAGGCACAGCCCAGAGUGAUCGAUGAACCUCGCGAUAUUCACUUCACCAAGCCGUUUCUUCAACAAUUGGAGAGACCCUUCUCCUCCAAAGCCAGAUUCCAAGAGAGCAAUGGUCACCGUAGGAGUAAAUCACAUGUGGAAACGCUGGAUUUGACUUUGAAGCUGUAGAACUUGAUGAGGGGGGAAUAUACCCAUGCAAAAACCAAAAUCAGGACAUUCAUGCAUUUCAUUUAAUUUCACUUACCAAAAAAAAAAAAAAAGGGACAGUUUUCCUUCGAUCGAAUGAUUGUUCAUACCAUAUUUUAUUUUUGUUGCGCUUUAAUUAAUUAUAUUUCAUUUCAGUCAUUA